AUGCUACUUCAUUCAUCAUCCACACCUACAACAGUUAUUAAUAAUUCAACCAAUUCCAACCUGUACCAUCAACACCAUCCUACCUCUCACUUUGUCAUGAUGAACAAUAGUCCUUCUCAUCACAACCAUGAAGCACCAUCCUCUCAUUGCUCCUCCUCGUUUCCUUCCUUAAACAACAACGAGAUUGCCUCAAUGAUGAUGUACGAUGGAACCUCUCAUCAUUUACAAGAAAACUCCUCCUCCAUGAAUCAUCCUGUUCCAGAUAAUCAAUCAACCUCUAGUAAUCAUAGUCAUACUGAGGCUUCUUCUCCACCUCCUUCUCAUCCAUGCUUUUUAUCUUCCCGUGAACAAGAUUGGAAUACCACUGUGCAACACGUAACAACCAUACAACCAACUCAACCAAGAAUGUUUGUUUCCUCAGAAUUGAUAGAACCCAACACUCCAUGCGAAACACCUUGUACCAUUUGGCUUUCUUCAUUUUCUUCCCUUUCCCAACUCUCCCUCAAUUCCACCCAAAAUCAUGCCAGCCCAGCUCAAGAAGCAUUUGAGGCUGAAUUUAACCGUAAAUGUAAUCCUUACAAGAGUGUCAAUAAUUUGAGUAGAAAUUUGACUCCAUGUUCAGCUGCUGCUGGUUCUUCUUCCUCUCAACAACAGGUUCAACCACCACCUCAUCCAACUGUUGUGGUUGGUACAUCUGCAAGCAUGAAACCGGCUUCUCCCUCUCUCUCUCUGGAUCCAUCCACAGCUCGAAUUGUUGCCAAUGUUCUAAGCAGUGCCCUCUCUAAACGAUCUGAAUUGCAACAAAAGAAGAUUAUGAAACAGCACCACUCCAAGAGAGCAGGGGAACAUUUGAGCAAAUUGGUAAUUCCCUCAUGUGCUGCACAUCAUAAUAACGUCACUAUCAACACACCCAAUAAUAGAGAAUCCAUGCCAGCAACCACGACCGUACCCGGCGUUGCCACUCUUCUGAUCAAGUCUACUAAAAAGAGAAAAUGA